GGCUGGGUACACCACGCUGAUACAAUAUAAAGGCAACGUCAAUCACCUUCUCUCACUUUUUAAUAGAUGCCCUUCCUGGUUCUCCUUCUCCAUCACUAGAAACUUAAGAUUAAGGGAACUUUACUUUGUUUCAAGUACAGGUUAAUCCACUAAGAUGGAUCUUCUUCACAGCAAUGGCGUGCUUAUCAUUCAGCAUUUACAGAGGGACUACAGGGCUUACCAGGAUUUCCUUAAUUUUAUGUCCCAUGUUGGCGAUCCCCGGAAUAUAUUCUCAAUUUAUUUUCCUCUUUGGUUUCAGCUUAAUCAAGUGGUUGGUACUAAAAUGAUAUGGGUGGCAGUAAUUGGUGAUUGGUUCAACCUCAUAUUUAAAUGGAUUUUAUUUGGCCAUCGCCCCUACUGGUGGGUGCAGGAAACAAUGAUUUACCCCAAUCAGUCAAGCCCAUGCCUUGAACAGUUUCCUAUAACAUGUGAAACUGGACCAGGAAGUCCAUCUGGACAUGCCAUGGGAUCUUCCUGUGUCUGGUAUGUAAUGGUCACAGCAGCACUUAGCUACACAGUUAGAUGGAAAGAUAAAUCAGCAGUUACCCUUCACAGACUGACAUGGUCAUUCCUCUGGAGCAUUUUCUGGAUUAUCCAGAUCAGUGUGUGCAUCUCAAGAGUAUUCAUAGCAACACAUUUCCCUCAUCAAGUUAUUCUUGGAGUAUUUGCUGGCAUUCUUGUGGCAGAAGCAUUUGAGCAUACCCCUGCCAUUCAGACAGCAAGCUUGAGAACGUACAUCAAGACAAACUUAUUUCUUUUCAUCUUUGCCCUUGGCUUUUAUCUAGUCCUCAAGCUUCUUGAUAUUGACUUGCUGUGGUCUGUUCCAAAGGCCAAGAAGUGGUGUGCCAACCCAGACUGGAUAAACAUAGACACGACUCCAUUUGCUGGACUGGUGAGGAAUUUAGGGGCGCUCUUUGGCCUAGGUAUUGGAAUUAAUUCUGAAAUGUUCAUCUUGAGCUGCAAAGGUAAAAACGGCUGUAAGAUAAGUUUCCGCAUGUUGUGUGUAGCUGCUUCUUUAGCUACACUGCAGCUGUACAAUUUUGUUAAGAUCCCUACUCAUACUGAGUACCUGUUCUACAUUCUCUCUUUUUGUAAGAGUGCAGCUAUGCCUCUGACUGUAGUUGCCUUGGUUCCGUACUGUGUCCACUCAUUAAUGAGGACGACUGAAAAGAAACUUAAUUAGAUAAAGUUUCCAGAUGGUUAGCAAUUUGGGAACGGAUGUGAACUGUUCAAGAACCCUUCACACAGGCAGUUUUGCUCACUCCUUUUAACCAAGGGGGAUGCCGCUGCAUCUUUGUUGUGUUCCUGGUAAGUAACCAGCAUAUCCAAAUCAAUAUACUCACAAAUGACUUGGGCAGCUCAGAAAUAUUAACUGCUGGUUUUAGUCUAAGAAAUAUUGCAACCACACUGCAGCAUGGUUAGAAAUCACCCAAUACUCUGGGUGAUAAUGAAGUAUAAUCAACUAGGUUUUUUUUUAGUUACUUGGUAGUCUUCUAGUUCUGUCCAUCUCCAGCUAGGAGGUGCUCCAAGUCUCAGUUGUACGGAGUGAUAGCCAAGGUUUAAUUUCUUUGACAUAUAGCUACUGUGUCUUAAACUGCUAAAUAACAGUGUGACAGCACCACACUGCCUACAACUGUACAGCUGUGCCCAGACACUGUGAAAAAGGCCAGCAUAGUUAGCAGCAAGGCUUCAGACUUAACUUAUUGAGCUUCCUGAGCAAAACAGCUUGUGAUUGAGCUAGAUGAGGAAAAAAAACGUUUAUUUCAGUUAGAAUCUGUAAGAUAUAUUUUUGCAUUAUUGUGUGUUUUUUGACUUUUUUACUUUUUGAAAGUGGUCACAUAAAUUGCAAAUGCUAGAGAUGACACCUUGGAUACUGAAAAUGCAUCAAUACAGUGCACAAAUCUUUGAGUUCUGUACAGCUACACAAGAGCAACAAAUAAGGGAAGUUGUUAAUACCGAAAUUAUCUCAGCAUAUUACCUCAAGAAUGUUGGUCACGUUCCUGUGUUGCAGAUGUAAAUUAGUCUAGUGGUUGUGUAAAUCAUGACAACACGAUUGCAGAGUAAGUCGUUGUGUGUUUAUGUUCUUGUGAGCUUUGCUUACCUAAACACACCAGUAACUAGCAUGUGAAAUACAUUUCCUGUGUACUCCAACUAGGCAAAAGCAGGUACUCCCUUUUUUGAUUCAUUCAUCUCCUCUUGCCUUUCAGGGUGCAAUGGUCAAGCAGUAUUUUGCUGAUGCCAUCUCAAUUAUUAAAUACACAAGCAGCAUAUAUAAGGCUAUAACAUGGGUAAUGAGGACUGUGUAUAUAUGAUCUUAUAGCAGUAAGGCUUAGAAGACAUUAAGCAUGACAUUGCUCCUAGGCUUCCAAUUAGUUGUGGCAUAAUUGAGCUGGAACCAACCUUAUUUAAUUGGAAAUACAAGGUGAAUAGUUUGAGUUGGCCCUUGGGAAUGAGCAUGAUACAAAUUACAGAAGCAAAUCUGAAACAGGCCUCCUUAUUUAAGAGCCCACUAGGACUAUCUUAAGAAAAUUAAUCAUUUGGUUUAAAUAGUCUGAGGAGUAUUCUGCUUAUGCAUCUCCUUUAAUGGUUCUCUGAAUCAUUUUUCUCCCCCAGCAGCUGCCCUGAAACCAGACUUUGCUAUAAUGGUGACUCCUUAAGCAAAAUUACUAAACUAAUGGGACUAGGAAAAAAUCAUGAAGAACAAAGACAACUAUGGCAUAGUUUUCUCCCACGUUCAAGUUGCCCUGUCCAUCAUUAAUCCCUACCAGUGAGGUGACCUACAGAGGUGUCGUGAAAUGCUAGAAGGUUGUUGGUCCAGCUGUCCUGUUACUACUUCUGGCCAAUAGCAGUGGCUUCUUUCUGCGCAGCUGUCUGUGGCUCUUGCAGCAGUGUUUAGGCCUGCUGGCUAUGUUGGCCAUUCUAAGCAGGGAGUUAUGGGUAGACACAGCAUUUCUAAGCUCCUACCACUUGAGGGUGUGUGCUUCCCAGAACUAAGUGUCUUGGUGCCUCUGCUGGGAUAAACAAAACCAUAAACAUAGGAGAAUACUGCAGAAAUGCUGUCAUUCUAAGUACUGUACAGCCAUGUGAGAAGGCAAAGGCUCUCACUCACUUUCUUGGAGUGUCUAGUUAAGUCAGCCAGGUACUUCAGCAUCAGGAAAAGGGCCUAAGACCAGCUCUCUGUCUGAACCACCUCUGAUUCUUUCUGCAACUCUUAAACCAUUACCGAAACCAAGAAUAGGGGAAAAGCUGAAUAAAUUUAGUUUAAUUCUACCAAUAACUUCAGAAAUUAAUCUGUGUGUAAAGUAAUAGCAGUAGAGUAAGACACUUUAUAAGUGUGUUGGGCUAUAGAGUUUUAUGCAAUUGCCUGAAGAAUCUCCAGAGAGGGCUCCUGAAACAUGGAAUCUUAUUGCUUUGGUAGAAUUAGAACGGUGAGUCAGGAGCCAACGAUACAGUGAAAUAGGCCUACAUGUCCCUUAGACAGGCUUUACUGAAUUUAUCACAGUUAAAAAUUAGACUUCAAGCCACAUAAGACUGUGUAGCACCUUAACUAAGAGCUAUCAAAUUGUUAUGCAUUUUACCUGUAACCUCACCAGGAUUUUGCAGAUGUUUCUAUUGUUAAUCUUUGAAACAGAUCCAGAGAUUACACCCUUACACAGUGAUGGGAUGAAUGAAUCAACCUGGUCUGGGCUUUGAGGUCCACUUUUGAACUGAGCUUUUCCUGUGUAAUAAGGAGGGUGGAAAGUGCUUGAGUGAUCCCCUUGCUCUGAUAGGAUCCCAGUGGAAAGUUAAUCUUUUAUUCCUGAUUUAGAGAUGCCCAAAUUGGGAUAAUGCAAUCCCAGAAGUCCUUCCAUCUGUCUGCAGAAAGAGUGUCAUAAGCCAGGAGUUACAUGAAGUGAAAGUGUCCCUCCUCCCUAGCUGACAAGUUGGCACUAGAUUAACUUCACAACACGCUUGCUAAUAUGCAGCUUUUCUUUCCAUCCUUUUCAUUCCCUGUUUUACCUUCCUGAUGGAAGGACUUUGGCCACAAAUAGUCUAGUUGAAGCAGGGGCUGGUUCUGCAGAGUGGUUCUUUAGGUGCUGUCCCAAAACAAUAGCAUGGUUCUAUUUAUACAGAGGAAUAGGAUGAUUAGAAAGCCAGAAAGUGCAGCUGCCAUGGACCACGCAGAGAACUGGGCAGCAGGACACACCAAACACCACUAUCAGCAACUGAUGCUGAGACUAGUAACAAAGCUCUGAAAGAUGCAAGCAAAUACCUUUGUGUCUGCUCAGAGUCUUGUCACCAAGUUCCACAGCUGGGAGAUCUUACCUGUGAGGCAAAUAUAGAGGAAAGGCCUGUCCAGCUCUGCACCAAGCAGUCCAUUAAGGCUUGUUGCUUAUGCCCAGACAUACUGUGUAACUCCACAUGUACCUCAGUGCCUUUGCACAGGUACUGAUGGGCUUUAUAGUCAACUGGUUGUCAACAGCACACAGAAAUAAAGUGGCAGGAGAUGGCACCCAAGGACAUGUAAGACAAACCCAAAUGUUUGUGUACCCUGUGAGUGCCUUCUGUUAUAUAGGCAUGAUUCCAAAUACAUAGCUCCCAAGUUUGAUGGCUGCCUAAAAAUGAGAUAUUAUGAUGAAAAGCAAUAGCACUACCGCCCAGCUGGGCCCAUGUCACUGUGCUCCUGCAAGGAGAUGGCAAAUUCCUUUGAGGCAGGGGCUAGUGUAGUUGGGUUGGUCUUCUCACCAACUCUGUCCUGCACAGCAGAUCUUUGUUAUAGACAUGAUGUAAACCUACGGAAGUACUUGUUAUCUGCUGCUCGUCUGAAGGGUAAGACAUGAAAUGCUAAAGCACAAAAACCAGCAAACAAUUUAUUGGUGUGAUUUGAGCCACAAAAGUGGUGUUCUUUAUGCAAAAGAAUUUAUGUAUGUUUUAAUAAAGAGUUGUUAUUUUUC